AUGAAGCUUCGGCCUUUCCUGGUGCCUGCUCUCUUGCUCACCGUCUCCGGCGGUGUGGUUGCCUGGUUGCUGCUGGCAGAACCGCCCGAAGCUCCAGAAUCCCAGAUUGCCGAAGCGCUGAGACCUGGUCUUGCGGAAACGACGGACGAAAUUUCCGAGCCUGAAAUUCCAACUGAGGGAAAGUUGUCUUCGGAUGAUCCGGCCGCGACAGCAGCACCGCUCCCGGUGGACAUACGCAAUGUCUCACCCGACGGGGUUUCCGCACCUCAGGUCAGCGGUGGCCUGAAGCGUAUAGAACCUUCCAAGCGGUUUCAGGAGCUCGUCAAUCCACCGGUCGAACCGGUCCCGGACGGACCACUUGAACUCAUUCGGGUGCAGGUUCUGGACGGAGGCCGGAUAAAAUCGAAGAAACUGGUCGUUACGCUCGCGCAUAUCGAGCCGAUGAAGAUAGAUGAAACCUGCAUCGCCCAGCAAGGCGGCGUCUGGCCCUGUGGCACGCGCGCCAGAACGUUUUUGCGCGGCCUGAUCCGGCAAUUCAAGAUCACGUGCGAAAAGAUUGCAGAAACCGGACCGCAAGAGAUAUUGGCGACCUGCAAGCGGGGCAAGAUCGACUUGAGCACCCGUCUUGUGCGCUAUGGCUGGGCGGAUCCGGCGCCCGGCGCCCCUGAGGGAUUUCAGGACUUCGCACUUCUGGCGAAACAACGCAAACUCGGGAAGUGGCAGGACCAGUGGCAAUUUGCGACCCCGGACUCGCGGUGGGAUGCCGAUCCGAAUGCACCCCUGCCCGGUCUUGAAGAUCUGGAACCGGAAAUCGUCGAGUGGAGCCAGCGAACGGAAUCGGCCGAUCCGAACCAGGAGUUCUUCGGAUUCGAACCGGAUGUCGCUGAAGAUCUUCCACAGCAAUGA